GUGUGCGGGGGGCCGGAGGCGGCGGCUGUCAGAGUCGGCUCAGCCUGCGCCGGGGAACAUCGGCCGCCUCCAGCUCCCAGCGUGGCCCGGCCCGGCCCGGCUUGGCCGCCUCAGACGCUGCCUGCCCUACAGCCAUGAGGCCCCCGUGGUGUCACGCUUCCUCCUUGGCUUCCCCACUCCUUCUCCUCCUCCUCUCCCUCCUGGGAGGAGGGGCAGGUGCUGAGGGCCGGGAGGACCCAGAGCUGCUGGUGACAGUUCGAGGUGGCCGGCUGCGAGGUAUUCGCCUAAAGGUCCCUGGGGGCCCUGUCUCUGCCUUUCUGGGCAUUCCCUUCGCAGAGCCACCUGUGGGGCCCCGUCGCUUUCUGCCACCAGAGCCCAAGCGGCCCUGGCCAGGGGUGUUGGAUGCUACAACCUUCCAGAGCGUCUGCUACCAAUAUGUGGACACCCUGUACCCUGGUUUUGAGGGCACUGAGAUGUGGAACCCCAACCGUGCGCUGAGUGAGGACUGCCUCUACCUCAAUGUGUGGACACCAUACCCCAGGCCUUCGUCCCCCACCCCUGUCCUCGUCUGGAUCUAUGGGGGUGGCUUCUACAGUGGGUCCUCCUCCCUGGAUGUGUAUGAUGGCCGCUUCCUGGUACAAGCUGAGGGGACUGUGCUGGUAUCUAUGAACUACCGGGUAGGAGCCUUUGGCUUCUUGGCCCUGCCAGGGAGCCGAGAGGCCCCGGGAAACGUUGGUCUACUGGAUCAGAGGCUGGCACUGCAGUGGGUGCAGGAGAAUGUGGCAGCCUUCGGAGGGGACCCAAUGUCAGUGACGCUGUUUGGGGAGAGUGCAGGUGCUGCCUCAGUGGGCAUGCACCUGCUGUCCCCGCCCAGCCGGGGGCUGUUCCACAGGGCUGUGCUGCAGAGUGGUGCACCCAAUGGGCCCUGGGCCACGGUGGGCAUGGGAGAGGCCCGACGCAGGGCCACACUGCUAGCCCGCCUUGUGGGCUGUCCCCCGGGCAGUGCUGGUGGCAAUGACACAGAGCUGGUAGCCUGCCUUCGGACACGACCAGCUCAGGACUUGGUGGACCACGAGUGGCACGUACUGCCUCAGGAAAGUGUCUUCCGAUUUUCCUUUGUGCCUGUGGUGGAUGGAGACUUCCUCAGUGACACACCCGAGGCCCUUAUCAACGCAGGAGACUUCCAUGGCCUGCAGGUGCUGGUGGGUGUGGUGAAGGAUGAGGGCUCCUAUUUUCUCGUUUACGGGGCCCCAGGCUUCAGCAAAGACAACGAGUCUCUCAUCAGCCGGGCCCAGUUCCUGGCCGGGGUGCGGGUCGGGGUCCCCCAGGUAAGUGACCUGGCAGCCGAGGCUGUGGUCCUGCAUUACACAGACUGGCUGCAUCCUGAGGACCCAGCACGCCUGAGGGAGGCCCUGAGUGAUGUGGUGGGCGACCACAACGUCGUGUGCCCCGUGGCCCAGCUGGCUGGGCAACUGGCCGCCCAGGGUGCCCGGGUCUACGCCUACAUCUUUGAACACCGUGCCUCCACGAUCUCCUGGCCCCUGUGGAUGGGGGUGCCUCACGGCUACGAGAUCGAGUUCAUCUUCGGGCUCCCCCUGAACCCCUCGCUAAACUACACCACGGAGGAGAAAAUCUUUGCCCAACGACUGAUGAGAUACUGGGCCAACUUCGCACGCACAGGAGACCCCAAUGAUCCCGUUGACCCCAAAGCCCCGCAGUGGCCACCGUACACGGCGGGAGCGCAGCAGUACGUGAGCCUGGACCUGCGGCCGCUGGAGGUGCGCCGGGGGCUGCGCGCCCAGGCCUGCGCCUUCUGGAACCGCUUCCUACCCAAAUUGCUCAGCGCCACCGCCUCGGAAUCCCCCAGCACCUGCUCAGGCCCCGCCCAUGGGGAGGCUGCCCCGAGGCCCAAGCCUGGCCUCCCCCUGUCCCUCUUUCUCCUCCUCCUCCUCCUCCUCUUUCUCUAUCAGCUCCUGCGGCUGUGACCUGGGCCUUUUCCUCCUCCAGCCCCAGGGCCCCCCCCCUCUAACAAGUGGUCGGACCGUGGGGAAGAGCCCACUCAGGGACCUCCAACCCAGCGCCCCCUCCCUCCUCAAACCAAGUUACUCAAACUGGACAGGGUGGGUGGGGGAGUAUGACCUGCUACCUGUCUCAGGGACCCACACGCCUUUGUUUAAAUGGAAAUGGAAAGCCAAUAUUCUUUUAUAAAAUUAUCCUUUGGAGCCUGAGCCUGAUGUUGGGGGCAGGAGGCCCGGGGUUGAAUAGCACCCCCCAGUGGGGCUAUAACCGUCAAUCAUUUGUCUUCUCUUUUCCCCACCAACCCACGGACCCUCCCCCUUCUGUCCUCCUCCGUCUUCCGGUCAUUUUCUCCUCUCUCCUUCCUGCCAUCCGUCUCUGGCCCCGCCUUACCCUCACCCUCCCUCUCGCCUUCUAUCUUUCGCACAUUCUCCUGAUCCUCUUUCCACCACCUCACGUGGUCUUACAUUUCUCCAUGUCCUCCCUGCACUCGUGCCUCCCCACGUCCGUUCCCCGACCUUCUUCGUGUCCUACCCGCCCCCCCUCCAUUUGCCGGGCGCGGUGGCCGCAGACACGCUGGAUGAGGCAGAGCGACAGUGGAAGGCCGAGUUCCACCGCUGGAGCUCCUACAUGGUACACUGGAAGAACCAGUUCGACCAUUACAGCAAGCAGGAUCGCUGCUCAGACCUGUGACCCAGGCGGGACCCCCACGUCCUCCCGCCCGCCUGGACCCCUAGCUGUAUAUAGUAUUUAUUUAAGGGCUGGGAUAUAACACAGUGAGCCCCAGACCCUGCCCACCCCACCCCCUACUUCCCCGGGGGCUCCUCGUCCUCUGCAUGUCUUGGGCUGAGCUCCCCCCGCGGUGCCUUCGCCCCUGUGGGCUGCCAAUAAACUGUUACAGCCA